UGGCGGAGUGGAGUUGAGCGGAUCGCCAGGUCAGCCAUGUCAUCCGAGCCUCCCCCACCGCCACAGGCCCCCACCCACCAGGCUUCGGCUGGGCUACUGGACACCCCGCGGGGCCGGGAGCGCUCGCCGUCGCCUCUGCGGGGCAACGUGGUCCCCAGCCCGCUGCCCACUCGUCGGACGAGGACCUUCUCUGCGACGGUGCGGGCUUCCCAGGGCCCCGUCUACAAAGGAGUCUGCAAAUGCUUCUGCCGGUCCAAGGGCCACGGCUUCAUCACCCCGGCCGACGGCGGCCCCGACAUCUUCCUGCACAUCUCAGACGUGGAAGGAGAGUACGUCCCAGUGGAAGGCGACGAGGUCACCUAUAAGAUGUGCUCCAUCCCACCUAAGAACGAGAAGCUGCAGGCUGUGGAAGUGGUCAUCACCCACCUGGCACCGGGCACCAAGCACGAGACCUGGUCUGGGCACGUUGUCAGCUCCUAGGAGACCUCGGGCGCCCCUUCUCCUGGGCUUGCGGGAGACUCUGGGGGAGGAGGAGGCCAAGCAGAGAUGGCGUUGUACGGCGAGAUGGGGCUUCCGAGCGGCACAGUCCCUUUCGAGUUAUCUCUGGUGGAAGGGGCGUGGGAGCCGGGGCCAGGGAGGGGGGCUGUUGCAGCCACCAGUACAACUUCUGACCAUCGCAACAACCUCUCACCAUCUGAAAAGCAUUAAAGGCAUUUAAAAAAGAGAGGCGCCCGCUGGUGGCUGAGUGGAGGGUCCUUCCCCAGCAGCCCGGAGAAGCCGGCUCAGCCCUCUGGAGUUGGCGGCUCAGAGACCCCAGGCCUGGCCCACUGGGGGCCUGUGUGACCUCUCGGAUGGGUUUCUACCUGCGUGCCCCUCUGUGUCUCUCCUCGGGCCUGGGGGAGCUGUCUUCGGUUAAUUUCUUGGCUUAGUUGGAUUGAAGGGAGCUGGGGGGAGGGAGGCCUUCACCUUUUGGUGCCUUUUUGCAGUGGUCGGCGCUGGGAGGCUGGAUUCUAACUGCUCUUCGAGGCCUGGUUGGGGGAGGUGAUGGAGCGGGCAGCGGGAGGGGUGGGACAGGGUCUCUGUUUAAAACCCUUUCUCUGGGUCCACCUAGAAAAGAGCAGGUGGCUUGCUUCCUGACAGCCUGGUAAAGACAGAAGCUGACAGUGAAGGACACCUUUGUGUACUUUAAGACUUGUGUUAAGAAAUGUUUGGGGAUUUUUUUUUUUUUCUAAUA